CACACACACACACACACACACACACACACACACACACACACACACACACACACACACACACACACACACGAAGACGGUCAUGGAGGAAGCCGGCGGCACCGCCAACGAGACCGUCCCGGAUCUGAAAGACGUGGAGGUGAAAAUCGGACGGAAGACCCCGGAGGGUUUGCUCAGGUGGAUGCGGGAAGAGGCGUCCUCUCUCCGGGUAGAGCAGCAGAGCGGCGCGCACGACCCAACCGGCAAAGUGACCGGGGGGAGGAAGAGUUUGGAUGAAAAGAUCAGGAAAUUGAAGAUGGAGAUGGUUCACUUGCGCUCGGUGGACGUGCAGAUCCUGCAGCAGCUGCUGGCGGUGCACGAAGGCAUCGAGGCGGUGAAGUGGCUGCUGGAGGAGCGCGGCACGCUGACGAGCCGCUGCAGCAGCCUGACCAGCAGCCAGUACAGCUUGGGCGAGGGCCCGGAGACCUCCUGGAGGGGCUCCUGGAGCAGCCUGCAAGACCCCAACGAAAAGCUGGAUAACAUCUCCGUCGGCAGCUACCUGGACACCCUGGCGGACGACAUGGACGAGUACUGCCCCUCUGGCUCGGAGUCCGUCGUCCGAGGCCCCGGGGCCACGGUCGCAGCAGCCGGGGUCGGGCCGAGGCCCGGUUGCGGUGCCGGGAGCGGGAUUCGGGCCGAGUCGAAUGAAAAUGAAAUGGCGGUUGGUCACGGGAUGAAGGGGAAAGGGGAGAGCGGGACUUGUAAACCGGUCAUCGCCAAGUCCGAGGGCCCCAAGCAGGACUCUCAGAACAGGAUGAAGGCUCCGGAGACGGUUAAAGGAAGCCCCGUGGGUCAGGAUAAAACCCGAGCCCUUAAGGCUAAUGGCGUCGACAGCAGCCCGACCCGCCUCGGCGUCAACGAGAAACUGGCAACCGGCCAAAGCCCCAAACUCAAACCUUACAAAAACGGAAAGAUUGACUCGGACGACGCUCCCAAAACGAACGGCAAAGUGCAUCUGGAGUACGACGCUCACUGGCGGUGGGUGCAGUCGCAAGAAGACGUGACGUUUUUGUAAGAAGGGCGAAUAACAACAGAGGAGAUUCGAAGCCGCUGUCUUGAACAAACUCCGUCUGCAGCGUCGCCGACGGAGAGGAGAGGAAGAAGAGCGAACUUUGUUUGUGUAUUUUAUUCAGUCAAUCAAAUCAAAUACAAUACAAUAUUAUCCUAUAUA